GCCUCGCUUUCGAACUCCGCAGUUGAAAUCAGUUUGCGCGAUAACCGCCCGUCGCGCGCACAGCUCUGCCGUCAACGCGCGCGGUUUCGGGAGGACGUGGGGGGGGGUGUGUGUGAAGCGUCGCGUCGCGUCGCGUCGGAGCGUCACGUUUCCACGCGCGACACGCGAGAGGACAUGGCCCCGGCGACGCUAGUUAGAAAACAACAGCGAGCGAGGCGAAAACAAGCGCGGGCGAGCGCGAGCUCACGCUGACGGCGAUUUAAAGCCCUUCGCAAAAAGUUUCGGUGACGUCAGAUGUAACGGGCGACGCUUCCCGCUCGCCGUCGGUGUGCGCGCGUGUGUUUGUUUGUUCGUCUUUAAUCAUUAAAAGCGGACGGAAUGGGGGCCAAGCAGAGCGGUCCCGCUGAAAACGGCCGCACGCGAGCGUACUCCGGCUCGGAUCUCCCGUCGAGUAACGGCGGCGGCGGCGGCGGCAGAACGGCGGCUGUGGCGAUGAGGUUUCCCGCUCACGGCGCCUCAGGUGCCACAUCUUCGUCGUCGUCCUCGUCAGCGGCGGUGGCCUCGCACUACACCGGCUCCAGGACGCGCUCCGUCGGGGGGGUCUCCGGUGGACCGGGCGCGAGACCUCAGUCGAGCAUUAAUAUACCGAGCGCGGGAGCGUACGGCUCUCAGGACUCCGGUAACAGCACGCCGGAGGAGAACGGCGGGGAGAGAGCGCUCAACCGGCGCUCCGAGACUCUUGAUCGGAUCUUUACCUGCUCACCUGUCGCCUCAUCUCUUCGGAGCUUUGUGCAGCAUUGCGGGCCGUUUUUCACAGAUGCGUGCCGCUGCGCCUGCGGCGAGAGACUGCGACGCGCUCUGGGGAACCAACAGGUAGUGGUUGUGGAGAUCUCUGAUCAGAAAGCCAGAACAUUCCCUAACCACAAACCAGCGGUGAAACCGGAUCCGGCGGCUCGGCAUCGCUGUGCUUUCAGAAAAGUGUCCUUUGCCGGUCACGAGCUCGGGCCAGCGGUCAUGUGA